UUUAAAAUGGGCGAAAUAUGUCCUGCUACAGUUGUUAACAAUCUUGAUUCUGGGUUAGAGAUAAAAAUAGAAUAUGACGAAGAAGCAAACGAAACUAGCUACUUGAAGGGACUUGUGCCCAUACGUCUGUUAUCAGAUUUUAACGAUUUACUUCUGGCUCAAAUGAACAUACAUCCACCAAAUAGUGAUUUGCAAAUUUGUUGUGUAAAUAAAAAUAUAUUCAGUUUGCGUGAUGUGGAAUACUUUCUACAAAAUUGUACGAAGACUUGGGGUACAGUUAAAAUUGGCGACAUCUUAAAAGCUACAAUAAAAAAUGUUGCAGAAAACGUAAUUGAAAUAAUGUUGCCCAUAAAAAACUUUAACAAGUUGGUUAAAUUACAUAAAGAUAUGUUACUAAUAAAUGUUUAUAACAAUCCGAAUAUAAUACUAACAGAGGAACAACCACUUUAUGUAAAAGUGUUAAGCAAAGAGGAGAGUACAAAAACAAUUACAGUAUCUGGAAAAUUAACAGAUGUUUGGGACGGUCUAUUGAAUUCAACGUCUGAAUAUAUAGAGAAAUAUUUAGAUGAACGUGAAUCUAUCCGAAAUGCCUACAAAAAUUUAAAACAUCCAAUAGCUAAAUAUGUGUUAGGUGACAGAGUUUCUGCUAGCUUUGUUGGUGUAUAUAAAGAAACUAACGAGUGGCAAUACGAAUUGGUUGACACAAAAUUGAAGGCAAUAGUACCAGCAUCAAUGGUAGUCAAUAAAAAAGUUCCGGAAAAGGGUUAUAAACAAGAAUGUAUUGUACUUUGGAUCGACUACAGUAGUGAACAUGUGUGGAUAAGUAAUAAGCAAGCAGAUUUAAAACACAUAUCUCGCAAUUCUGAAUUGCCAACAAAUCUUGUGGGACAAUCUGAUAUAAAUGCUAAAGUCUUACUGAAACAGGAAAGUGUAUUUAUUUGUUCCUUAAAAAAGGGAAACCAACCUCUAAUAGUCUGUCCUAGUCAUUUGCAUUACAAUGAUUUUGAAAAUUGCGGUAGCAUUAACGUUCAAGAGCAAAGUUUCUGCAAAUUAAAUUUUAUUCGAAAUACAAAACCGAUUGCCGUUCUUGAAUCUACAUAUAAGUUAUUCUCAACUAAACCAAAUAAAAAAAGAAUUAAUUCUGAAAGCAAUGAAGCCCCAAGCAAAAAAAAAAUUAAGAAGCACAGUGAGAGUGAAGAAGUAGUGACUGAGCGGAUAUCUAAGGAAACAAAAAAGAAAAAAUUAAUUGAAAAAUCUGAAAUACCUGCAAAGAAAUCUAAAAGUGAAAAGAAAUCAGUUACAUUAAAUACCAAUAAUGAAUCUAAUGAGAAGAAUUUUACUGAUCCUGGUAGUAUUAUAAGAUUUGUGAACGAUGCUAAAUGGGAUGCGGGAAUAGUUAAUAACAUUUCAAUAAUCAAUGAAAAUAAGGAAUUAAAGAAGAAAACUGCGAAAAAAUCAUGUGAGAAAGAACCUUCAAAAUUAGAAAUAAAGACGGAAACUAAAACUAUCUUAAAAAAGCAAGAUAAUGCAUCAGAAACUUCGAUUGAGGAUAAUGCACUAUUUUUCAUAGACAAAUCGCCUGAUGAUAGAUAUGUAAGAAAACUUGAACAAAAUAGUAAACCUAAAGAAAAAUUAUCCUUACCUGGUAUAGAUAAUUUUUGGAAUAUGGAUUUAUCUAAUAUUAAUAAUAGUGACAAAACUGUAUCAAGUGAUGAGGAUGAUGAGGCAACAUCAGAAAUACCACAAAAGAAAAAGAAACUAACAGCUACAGAGAAAUUCAAACAAGAACGGGAGGAAGAAGCACGAUUGCGAAUAAUUGAAGAAAAGUAUGCUAAUCCAGAUCAAAUACCAGAAACAGUAGAUCAGUUUGAUCGUUUAGUGAUGUCUGACCCUAACAAUACAAAACAUUGGAUUAGCUAUAUGGUUUUCCAUUUACAGGAAACAGAAAUAGAUAAAGCACGUGCUGUAGCACAACGUGCUAUUAAAACAAUUCCUUUUCGCAAUUUAAAUGAACGUUUAAAUAUAUGGAUGGCUUUACUUAAUUUAGAAUUGCAUUACGGUACUAAAGAAACUUAUGAUAAUACAAUGAAAGAGGCACUAACGUGUAAUGAUCCGAUGCAAAUUCAUUUACGCUCUUUAGAAAUAUUGAAAGAUUCUAAUAACAGACAGGAGCUAUUUGAAAUAAUUUCAAUUAUAACCAAGAAGUAUAAAACGGAACCUGAAGCUUGGAAAGCUGUAGCUAUCGCAUAUUUUAGCAUAGAUAUGCCAGAACGAGCACAACAAAUGUUGCAAAAAUCUCUACUAAGUUUGCCUGAGAGAGAACAUGUUAAUACAAUUGUUAUGUUUGCAAAUCUAAAUCAUAAAUAUAAUAAAAAUGAAAUUGCACAAACUCUGCUGGAGCAAGUAGUAACAUCAUAUCCAAAGCGCGUUGAUGUUUGGACACAAUAUGUUGAUAUGCUCGUUAAAGAUAAUCUUAUAGAUUCAGCGAGAAGCAUACUUGAACGUGCAGUUAUGCAGAAGAUUCCAUUGAAAAAAAUGCGUACAUUAUUCAAGAAAUAUCUAACAUUUGAAGAACAGUAUGGUACUGAAGAGAAUCAAAAGAGAGUUAAAAAUCUUGCUGCGGAGUAUGUUAAAAAUAGUACCACACUAUAAAAUAUGUUAUUGACUAUUAAUAAUACCUAUUUUAUUUUAUUUUUGUCACAUUUAAAAGAUUUGAAA